AAUAUGUAUAUAUUUUUAAAUUUUAUAUUGUAGUUUUGUGACAGUGUCAUUUAUUGUAGAAUUUUUGUUUCGGGCAUGAAUUUAGAAGUAAAGUUGAAUGAAUUGUACUAUCUAAGGUAUUCGAGUUAUUUUUCUAUAAAGUUCAUUUAUCGACUUGAGACAACCUGGUUAAUGGAUUGCAGGAAAUUUCCACUUCCGUCGUUAGGUUUACAUAAAGCGAAGAACUCAGUUGACAUUAUAAAUGAUAUCAAAACUGGUUGCGUUACUUUGACCGUGAGAGCUUCAACUGAAAUAUGAAAAUAAUCACACCUGAAGAAUGGAAUAAUGUGACCUGUAACUCUAUUUGGACGUGAAUGGAAAAUGAACCAAACGACAGUAAUUUCCUUCGAAAUAUUUUCUUUUAAUUACGCGGAGUUGAAGAUCGAGGAAAAUACAAUUUCGUGGUUAACUAUCGAAGCGGAUAAAAUGCUUAAAAUCACUGGUGGUUUUCAAAAUUAGAAUAGAAUUUAGUUUACACCAAAACUGGUCAUCUGUUUAUAUACUGUUUAUACUUGACAAUCGCACCAAAACAAGGUAACCUCGUUUUCUUACCUUUCAGGUGCACAUUUAGUACUAUAGUCUUAGUUAGUAUUUUUGUGCCAAUUAAUUACAAAUGGAACAAACUCAGUGGUUCUUCUUGAUUUGAACGCCACGGAGAACUAACUAUGUGACAGACGACAGGUAUAGUUGAGAUUUAUUAUACUCUUGGGUUUGUAUUUCCAGUGCAUUUUGUCAAUAUUUGCAACCACUGAAAGUGUUGCGGUUGUCUUCAUUCAAAUUUCAACUACGGUCUCAGCGAAAAUGAAGAGCAAGUCGGGAUCAAAGCAAAUAUCCCAGAAUCCACAAUCUGGCCGCAAAGGGAAAAACAAAAAUGGCGCCAAGUCGAAACAAAAUAACGCUAACGAUAAAAACAAAGCAAGCGGCGCUACCGUUCCGACCGAUGAUUUCUCGUGGGAGGCUGCAGGGAGCAAUGGGCUAGUUACAAAUGCAGUGCCAAAAUCAGUAAUUUGCGAGAAUAAAGAGGGAUCGAUAGAUAAUAGCAGAUCAGUAUCGAACCAGAUGUACCAGCAAAUGAACAGUUAUCCGCCAUACUAUACUCCGGCAAAUAUGAUGAACUACCAUCAGUUUGGACCUAUCAACCAACUUAGUAGAAGAUCAUCUGAAGAAAAACUGAACAAAAAGGGAUCCAAAUUUUUGGGCAGCCUGCCCAACAUAGUUGCUCAAAUGCGAAGAUUUUCCUUGGGAAAGGGCUCGGAUAAAGAUCUAUCUUCAAACAAACAAAAGCGAAAUUCAAUCAGUCAUAGUAGCAGUAAUGACCAGUUUAACCAGUUGCUAAGCAACAAACUCAUGAGUCAGACCAGCCACAGUUAUUCGAGUAACGACGUUUCUCAAAAUCGGUCGGCGUUUAAACCGAUUAGUAACAUCAACCCUGCGCAAGAACAAAACAUGAACAGAUCUGAGAAUUAUUUUCGCCCAAUUGUUAGCGCCGAACAAGCAAGAGAGGUUUAUUACGAGGGGCAAGCAGUGCCGAUAAGGUCGCGGGCGGGCCCAAAUUUAGUAUAUCGAGAUGCGUCUAAACGCUAUUCGUGGGCUGUCGGAGAUCGAAAUAUCGAGGCUUUGAGAUACGAAAGCGACCAAUUUCGAAGGAGCUUCUUAGCGCACAGUCCAAUUAAGGAAGAUUCAGAAUUUGAACAACAAGUUGUUAAUGUUAAUAGCACCAAAAACUUCCAAGAUGUGGAUAGUAACGGGGUAAAACCGGGUAAUAGUUACGCAAUAAAUAAUAUAGUUCAGUACAAUACACAAUACGUUAGCAAUGCUCAUUAUCCAGUGUCUAAUACAGCAACUAAUAACCCAUUUUACGAGGGACCAAUAGUUCCUCCUCGAAGCACGAAAGCUGAAAAUUGUGAUCGGCAUAGACAGCAAAAUGAUCUGAAUUGGUUUUCUAGUCAAGAGCAGCACCGCAGAAAUUCAGUUCAAAUUAUUCAAGGUCACACAGAACAUGACAUUGAGGUGAAAUCUCAUGAUGAGCUAGAAUACGAUGACCUUGACACAGACUGUAAUGAGUUAUAUGCCAUGGUUUCAACAAUGGAAAAUGGAGUUUCUCCUAUAUUAGAACAGGGUGCAGGUCAAAUAGUGUCUGGCUUGAAAAGUGACAGCUGGUCCUCGAAUCAGUCGGUUCCGGAUCCGAAAGCAACACCAUCUCGAGGACUUGCAAAUGUCGGCGGAAUUGAUCCUAGGAGUAAUAGAGGUUGGAACAACACUUAUUUUAAGAGCGAACAAGGUAAUGGAGAUGUUAAACAUGGACAGGUCCCUUCAAUUGUUACUGUGAAUGGCGAAGAUAGAUUUACACGGGAGGUCAACAGAGGUCAAGGUGAUGGACGAGAUGAGUGGAGCGAGGAGAGAGCAGUUCUAGUUAAACUAUAUGAACAAAAAAUAGCUAUAGCGGACCAAAAGUAUCGUGAAAUGGAAUCACAAUUCUCACAUGUAUACAGACAGAAUCAAGCGAACGUGUCUUCGCAUCAAGCAGUCUCGGAAGAACUGUCAAGACGCGAGACGGAGCUGAAGGCUGCUCAAAACACGAUCCGGAACCUGUCGAAUAUUCUUGGAAGUAAGGACUCCCAGAUGCAGGGCAUGAGGGAUCAGAUAUCGUAUCUGAACCGGGAGUUGAACCAGAAGUGUUCGAUGGUGGCCCAGUUGCAGCAGAAAGUGCAACAACUGCAGGGUUCGGCUGAUUUCUACAAGGGACAGAUCACACAGUUGCAGGAAGGAGCGACCGCAAGUGAGAGUGAGAAGUUGAAGCUAACUGAUGAGUUGAGACAGUCACGAGGAUUCAUACAAAGUCUGCAAGUACAGCUGCAACAAACUCAACAACUGCUGCACCACAAGUCAACAAUUAAUGUUACACCUCAAACGAGGAGUGAAAAUUGGGAGAAGGAAAUCCAACCCCACAGAAAGUGCAAUAUAGCGCAGUGCGACCACUGCAACAGUCACGCAGAACAACGAGAAAGCACGAGCGAUCACGCGUCACAAUUACCCACUCACAAAGUUAUGUCAUCGCGACAACAUGCGACAUCCCAGGGAGUGAACAAAAACAACAAUAAUUGUGAUUUACAUGUUAAAAACGUCAUCCAAAAUGGAGAAAACAGCAGCGCCAUAGCCCCGCAUCGAAGGGCAGUGACUGGAAAAAGUAAUAACCACGAAGUUAACAAUAAUAAUAACUACAGUGGAGGUAGUACGAAUAAUGGCGCGGUUCAAAACCUGUCUGAUAAAAUUGUGCAACUGGAAAAAAAUUUGGCAAAAUUGGAACAAGAUCGACAACACCAGGCUAAUGUGUACGAACGAGAAAGAGUGUGUUGGUUAGAAGAAAAGGAAAUUGUGCUCAGAUACCAGAAACAGUUGCAGGCCAACUAUACACAUGUUGACAAUGUGAAUAAACUUCUACAGAAACAGAUAGAAAAACAGAGUACAAAUCAUUUUUGAGUCAAUUUGUGAGUUGAUGUUCUUCCAGUGCGUGAAAAACAAGGACAAUUUUUUGUCCAGAAUUCGAAGUUUUCGUUUUUGGUUGCCAAAAAUUCUGGAGUUGGUGGGCGUUUCCGGAAAGGCUGCAGCGUUGUUUUAAGAAGAUUUAUGUAUGUAAAAUUUGAUUGUACCAAUAAUAGAUAUUUAAAUGUUAGCGUUGUUAUUUUUUCAUAAAGAAACUUACUUUCAUAAAUUACUGUGUGCAGUAACGUUAAACGUUCGCGAGUCGUGUUAGCUAAAAUCGAUAAAUUUGAAUUGUUAAUUUAACAAUUUUCUUA